AGAUGUCUGCGAAACAGUUAAACUUUUUUUGUGUAAAAUUUCAAUCUGCGUAGGCACUGCUGUAGACUGUCAUAUAGCUUAAAUGUAGAGGGGUAAAAACAUCCAGGGGUAACGAGAGUUGGAGCAGUUUAACAAGCAUUGGAAAUGAGAAACGUAAAUUGAUCUCCAAGGCAGUUCUUCAGUUGCUGCACGACACAUGAUUGUGUAUGGGGACACAAAUCAUGACGGCAUCGCUUCCUGUAGCAGGUUACCAGCGGCGCUAGCUGUGCUAACGGGACAUGUUGGAUAGCGUUUUACAGUCUAUGUUUUUACCCCAAGUCGAUGGAAAGAAGACCAAACAGUAAAUCACAGACAACGUUCACGGGGAAGGGACAUAUCUUCGGAAAAAAUCACCAAAGCAGACUUAGAGUGGUUCUCCUGAAAUUCUUAGAAAAGGUGAAGGAAGCUCGCAGAACACUGAAAAAACCCCAAGUAGAAAAGUUUGAUUGCACCCAGCACAAGCAGACAUUCUGGUGCUACUGCUGUGGGCUUGAAAUUGAAAGAAAUGUUACAGAUGGCAACAUGACUGUGAUGUACGGAGGCUUGAUAGAACACAUGGCCACCGCAGAACACAGGAAGAAUACGCACAAAUUCUGGUGGGACAAUAAGGCCGACCCCAAGUUUAGAGACAAGGUCAUCAUCACAGAGGAGGAAACUGAAAAGUUUAAAGCUGAAGUGGAAAAGGCAUUGGAAUCAUUUGUGGAGAAGGAGGAUGAAUUCAUUAAACAGGAAGCCGAUUCAAUCCGUGCCCAGGAGAAGCUUCGUCAAGAGGUCCUUCAGUCUCUUUUAGAGCAUGACGCAGAGCCAGAGUUGUUCAAUGGACCCAACGGCACAGACAUGUCUGCAGAGGAUGCUAUCAGCUCUCAGUUUACGUGUCAAGGAUCAGGCCAGCAGGCGAGGAGCGUCUUUGACGACUACGUUGUCGAAACACAGAGGUCUACACCAGGACAAGGGCUGACUUUCAUAGGUUAUCAGGAUUCAGCAAACAGUGGAAAUGUUCAUACAGGUGCCGUCCCUCCAUGGCUCCAGGAGGAUCCUUUGGAAGGGACCUCCGGAACUGCAGCACACCCAGAGAUCGGCCCAUCGCUCCAAGACUUCCUCAAACAGAAGGAGCAAGAGAAGCUGAGGAAGCUUCCACCGAACAGAGUGGGGGCCAACUUUGAUCACAGCUCGCAUACAGACGCCAACUGGCUUCCCUCCUUUGGUAGAGUGUGGAACAGUGGCCGACGCUGGCAGUCCAGGCACCAGUUCAGACAAGAGGAAGGACAGAAGAGCAAACGGAAGAGGAAGAGAGAGCACGGCACAGAGGGGUCAAAGAAAGCAAAAAAGACAGAACAGCUGACAAAUUCUGACAACACUUUAAUCUGAGUAGUGUGUGAGAAAUUAAGAGUGAUAUCGUGUAUAUAGUUUGUAAGAUGUGAAUGUGGUUUUAUAAUGAAUGUGGGGGGGGGGCGGAAUUUAUGUAAACAUAAUUGGCAAGAUUUGCUGUAAAGAUAUUAGCUUACACAUUACAUGAAGCAGUGCCUAUUGGAUUUAUUUAUGUUAAAAACUUUUUGAUUAUUGUGUUUUUAAAAAAAAAAUAAAUACUACAUGGUGCAACUUCACAACACAUAAUCAAUUACUACAUAAUUAUUUUCAUUGACAAGGAUCUGUACUAAAACAUUUUUUUCUUUAGUCUGUAGAAUAUGAUGUGUAGGCCAGGACAUGUCUGCAGCACGACUACAUUUAAUUUAAAAUGGUAUAUUGACACACAUUUUGCCUUUAACAAAUGUUGCAUUUCCUGCGAUUUUAAAACUGCAGUAGACCAUGUUGUGAUUUCGAUAAGAUUUUGAUUAAUUGUUUGGCCCUACCUGCCACACACAAUUAAGAUUUUAACAAAAUCGGUGCUGCCACUCAUUUGGUCAGUUAUUGGCUCCAAGGCACCAGAGGGAAAAGCCUACAUGAAAAACUUUUCCUGCCCAAAUUUUCACAUUUAGUCCACAAUCACAAUCAGCAAGUUACUGAGUAGACUAAAGCACUUUUGAAAUCUGAAGACACCAUGACUGCUCUGGCGAGUAAACAGCAGGGGGCGCCAGCCUCUCCCCUAACCUGCUGUGCAAUAACAGAAGCGUUGACGUUUAGAAAACAUGUUAAAAUCCCAACCCACUUUGUCAUUUUUUUUGUAAGGAUGUAUGUCCAUGUUUGUGCUAGUUUGGCACUCUGACCUAUCAAUGUUUUUGUAAACGAUCCUAAACAGUAAUAGAAUGAGAGCAGUAGUUUUCACUGUUUCGAAGACAUCCAAUAAUAAACACGUCUCUUUUUUGCAGUGAACCUGUGUGCCAAAUGACGAGCUUUCAUUUCCCGUUUCAGAUCGCGUUACGUGAUGAACUACAGGAAAGGGCUGCAUACGCAAAUGUUUGACUUUGAGAUCAGCUGUGAUAAUAUCGGCCACUGUGAAAACCAUUACAAAUGUUCAAAAAGGUGUAUCUUGUGUAAAGUAUAUGUAUUUUAAAUUGUAUCUUGUUUCAAUGGAAUCAGCCAUUUAGAUUCAGCGCUCUUAAAAACUGGAAUGUUUAAUAAUCUUUUCAUUUUAGAAAAAAGGACGUUCGGAUCUUUAGAAUUGUGUGGUGCUUAAAAUGUUAAUAUAUGACUUGACAACCUGUUUUGUGGUAUCAUAAUGCCGCAUAACACAUCUCGAAUUUAAAAAAAUAGGUGAUUUUGCAAUGACUAUGAAAUAUGCAGAGGUCGUAUUGCCAAUGGGGGGACAUCCGCACAGAGAUGGAUGAAUGGCCAAAUGCAAUAGCCUAGAUUCCACUCCCUGAGCUUUCUGUAGGCCCUUCUUUUAUCUGUAUAGGCCUCUUCCUCUCCACAGCAAAGUAUAAUCAGGCCCCAGUGUGCUCUGGGUAGAUGGGCGUGGAGCUCAGUGCAGCUGCAAGGCAAUACGGGGAUACAACGUGUAGCUGAUCUAUUUUUAGCUCUGUGACAACAUGGCUAUGGCUGAUUCAGUACAAACCGAAGAAAAGGGAAGGGUGUACAUUUGACUGCGAAUUUAACAGCGGGCGUAAACCGCAAAUAGGUGUGCUACAUGUUGAUGUCAGCGCUGUAUAACCGUAUAAAGCAUCUGUUUUCAUGUCA